GAAAAUUUGAUAUACGGUUGACAGCAUUGUCUUUCAAACUGAAAAUUGUUUACGAUCAUGACGUUUAAAAGGAAAUGUUUGUAUUGUUAAAAAUCUAUUAAUUAAGAAAAAAUGGGUAGUGAAAAGCUACUUUUUCGUUUAGAGCAGCCUCACGGCACAGGAGACAUUUAUAUCGCCUGGCAAAAAGGCUCGGGAAUGUAUUUAGCGACGACUGGAGUCGAUUCAAUUGUUAAUAUAUUCGACCGUCAAGGGGAUGUUAAAGACAGAAUUAAACUUUCAAGUUUAUGUACAGGGAUGUGCUGGGACUCUGAUGGCGAUAUAUUAGCAAUAAUUUCAUCUCAUCCCCAGUUACAUUUGUGGGAUGCAAACACCCAGAAAAAGUCCACAAUUGAUGUAGGACUGAAGGACUAUUUGUCUUGUUUAAUAUGGGCACAAAAUAGUCCAGUUUUAGCUAUAGGCACAACCAAAGGCAAUGUUUCAAUAUACAAUCACAACACCUCAAGAAGAACACCUAUUAUUGGUAAACAUACCAAGAAAGUUAGUAGUGGGGCAUGGAACAAUGAUCAUUUAUUAGCAUUGGGUUCAGAGGAUAAAACAAUUUCAAUUAGUAAUAUUGAAGGAGACACAUUGAGGGUGAUUAAUCUGAGAGCUGAGCCAAAUGAAGUACAAUUCUCUGAGAUGAAAAGGGAUGAAAGAAUUGGAGGACAGAAUACUGUGAGUGUGAUUGUUGGAAAGAGAACUUUGUAUUUAUUUAAUUUGCUGGAUCCAGAAAACCCAAUUGAAUUAGCCUUUCAACCUCAUUAUGGAACUAUGAUAACAUAUAAGUGGUAUGGAGAUGGUUAUAUUCUGAUAGGAUUCAGCUUGGGUUAUUUUAUUGCCAUUUCUACACACAUCAAAGAAGUUGGUCAAGAAUUGUUUCAAAUAAGAAAUCAUAAAAAUACUUUGAAUGACAUAACUAUUUGUGAGAGGAUUGGCAAGGUUGCAUCCUGUGGUGACAACUGUGUAAAAAUUCACGAUUUGCAAAACCUUCAAGAAACCUGCAGUGUUUUAACUCUAAGUCAGGAAACUGGUUUGGAAAGAAUUGCUUGGAGUGUGGAUGGACAAUUAUUUGGUGUUUGUACAAAGGGCGGCUCUUUAAACGUGUACGUUUCACAUAUGGUUUCUCUGACAUCUGUAUGUGCACCUCGAAUCGCUGUUUUGUCCAGUUUAAAUGAAAUCAGUUUAUACAGUUAUUCCGCUGACAAAUCAGCGUUGAAAGCGAUACCGGUAACUCUUCCGAUAGAGCCGAGUUUUAUUGCGGUGGGUCAGUUUCACAUUGCAGCUGGUAUGAACAACAGAAUCUGGUUUUAUGACAUCACGAAAUCUCAACCUGGCACCGAGGAUGUUCCGCUAAUGUUGAAUGACCGACAGUAUUUAGGAGUUGUGACGAACAUCCGUCUCAAUCCAGAAUAUGCCUCAGUUAUGUAUGAAGGAAAAUUACAACUUCACAUGAUUGAACAACCUGAGGUCUGCCACGAAGAUCGAGAAACCAUAAUCUUCCCUAAUGGUUCUUCAAGUCAAUCAGUAAUUACGUGUCAUGCGUUGACUACUGAUUUUCUGAUUUAUGGAACUGAUAUGGGACACAUUGUGUAUUUUCAUAUUGAAGAUUGGGCAGUUGCUAAUGAAUUUAGUCACGACGUGGGAAUUACCGAGUUGUUCGUUGAUCCUGCUGGAGCCCGACUCGUAUUUCUUGACAUUAAAGGGAAGGGAUAUGUUUAUAAUGGCGUGAAUAAUAAAAUUAUUCCAAUCACUGAACUGCCAGAUAAAAUUAAUGGUGUCACUUGGGACAGUAACAUUUCAGAUAGAAAUGUUUUCAUCGUGUACGAUGACCAGAACAUUUUCACUUAUAUCUACAUUAAAUUUUCAAUUAAUGGAGCGAAAGUCCAAAAACUGGGAGUGACCACUUUGGUGUCCAAACAACUUCCAUUACUAAUGUAUGGCGGGGAAGUGAUGGCCGCAACUUCGGGCGGACAACUUACACAACUCAUGUUGAGUACUCACGAUUCCGUUCAAAUAGGAAUCAAUGAACGAGACCAGGUCAUCCUUGAGGCCAAUUUGACCAAACAGUUGGCACUUCAUAGGUUUAGUGCGGCGUGGUUGACUUGUCAGAGGCUUCAAAACAAGCAGUUGUAUAAGAAGUUGGCUGAAGAAUGUUUACGAUUUUUGGAAAUUGACAUUGCGACUAGAGCGUAUAAAGAAUUGGACGACGUGUCUAUGGUUUGGAACUUGGAAAAAUUACGCGAGGUUGAAGAUACGAAACUAAUGGCCGGUUAUAUUUGUAUGUAUUUGAAGGAAUAUGAGAAGGCCCAACAAUGGUUCCUCGAAUCCAGCAGACCUAGCGCUGCACUAGAGAUGCGUCGUGACCUGUUGCAUUGGGAUCAGGCGUUGCAGUUGGCCCGUAAAAUGGCACCGGAUGAAAUUGCCGCAAUUUCUAGGGAGUAUGCUCAACAGUUAGAGUUUACUGGAAAUUAUGCGGAGGCUUUGAUGCACUAUGAAAAAGCGUUACAAGAAAACUUGGGUCCGGAACACAUUUUGAUAUGCAAAACGGGAAUCGCACGCACAAACUUGCACGGUGGAAACUAUCGACAUGGUGUCGGAAUCGCCAUCGAAUUAGAUAACAAGCAGCUGUUGAGGGAAUGUGCGGAUAUUUUAGAAAAGAAAAAUCAGUUGCAAGAUGCCGCACUUUUGUACGAAAAAUGUCUAAUGUACGACCGGGCAGCCUCGGGAUACAUUAAACUGAGAAAGUGGAACAAAGUUGGAGAGUUGCUGCCCAAUGUUAGCUCAAAUAAGAUUUUGUUACAAUAUGCAAGAGCCAAAGAAGGAGAAGGAAAAUACGAAGAAGCUUUGGAGGCAUACAACAAAGCGAAAGAUUUUGAUUCGGCAAUCAGACUGCAUCUGGAACAUUUAAAUAAUCCGGAAGUUGCCGUCGAAUUGGUGCAAGAAACAAAGAGUGUAGAGGGAGCCAAACUGGUUGCAAAGUUUUUCCAAAAUUUAAAUGAUACAACUUCGGCGAUACGUUUCUUAGUAUUAUCGAAAUGCACCGAUGACGCAUAUGAAUUGGCCAAAAAAACUAACAAAAUGGAUCUUUUGGGUGAAAUUUUGCUGGCCACUUUUAAUGAAGAUGAAAUGAGACCUCAAGAUUUUGCGAACGUAGCUAGUCAUUUCGAAAACGAAAAGGAUUAUCUACUUGCGGGAAAGUAUUGGUUCCAUGCCAGAUCAUAUCAGAAAGCGAUGAAACUGUUACUGAGAGCUUCGAAAACCAACUCGAAGGAAAACGAUGCUUUGACAGUCGCCAUCGACGUUGUGGCGUCAUCUAAGGAUGAAUCAUUAGCAGAACAACUGAUUGAAUACCUACUAGGUGAAACGGAUGGUAGUCCCAAAGAUCCUAAAUACCUAUUCAGAUUAUACAUGGCCAGGAAACAGUUCCGUGAAGCAUCAAGAUCUGCAAUUAUAAUCGCAAACGAAGAACAAAUCAAUGGCAACUAUAGGAAUGCUCACGACGUACUGUUUGCGAUGUACCAAGAGUUGAGACAGAACGGAAUCAAGAUACCCAACGAAAUGCACACAAAUCUGAUGCUAUUGCACAGUUAUAUUCUGGUUAGGUUACAUGUCAGAAGAGGUGAUCACUUGAAAGGGGCCAGGAUGUUGAUCAGGGUGGCGAACAAUAUUUCAAACUUUCCCUCACAUAUUGUACCAAUUUUAACAUCAACAGUAAUUGAAUGCCACAGAGCGAAUUUAAAGCAAGCAGCUUUCAAAUAUGCGACGAUGUUAAUGAAUCCCGAAUACAGAAAACAAAUAGAUGCAAAAUAUGCCAAGAAAAUUGAAGCUGUUGUGAGAAAACCACCGAAGAAUGGGGAGUCCGGAGAUCGACAAGAACCUCUUAGUCCGUGUCCGUAUUGCGAUAAUAUGAUCCCAGAAACCCAGGUUGACUGCAACAGUUGCAAGAACAACAUUCCCUUCUGUAUUGUUACGGGACGUCAUAUUGUCAGUAACGAUUUAACGGCUUGUCCGGAAUGCGAUUUUCCUGCCAUCAGAACUGCAUUUAUCGAGGUACUUGAUAGCGAGGAAUCCUGUCCAAUGUGUUCCGAAAAAGUCGAUGCAAGAAGAUUAUUAAAGAUUACUAAUACCGCACCCUAUUUGAACAUAGAGUGAUAGAUAGUCUUUCUGUUAUUUUUUACACUCUAUAACAACGGAAAAUAUUUUUCUUAUUUUUACAACAAAACCAGAAAAUAUUGAAAUGUUAGAACGUUCGUUAAUAUAAAUGUACAUAUAAUAUUAGAUCAAGAUCUCAAUUUUUAAUUAAUUUAUUUUAACAAAUGACAAACAAAGUAGUGUGAUAAUUAUGUAACUGAAAUCCGUCCAAAUGAGGUGUUUGUUAUGUGGUUUAAUUAGUUUGUGCAAUUGUUACUUUUUAGAUAUGUUUUAAUUAAAUAGUUUUUUGACUUAA